UGCUCGAGUAAAGUUUCGUGCGAAACGAAUACGCUUCCGGUCCAUCCGACUAACAUCACGAGGUGUCCAAGAAGCCGGGCUCACUUUUGGUUACAACUAAAAAUAAUACGAUAUUGCCGAAGUAUCGAAAAGCGGAGAAUAGUGCAAUCCCAUCCCCCUUUUUCCUUCUAUUGCGUACUGCGAAAAUAGAAGAGAGGAGAGAAUCUCGUUCGACUAACAACGGUACACACCGCCAGCUGCGGCCACAUGGCAUUCUUUCUGUGAUCUUACUCUAAGAGCUCGUUAAUACGAUCCUCUCGGAUGUUGCCAACGCUCAGUUAAUAUUAGUUUCGAGUAUGUUUUCUUAACGUAUGAGUGUUCUUUCAAACGGGGAGGAAACAUCACGUCGAUUCACGUUUCAAAGGAGAGUGAAAGAUAACUGGAACAUCUUUGCAUACCAUUUCCUUUUUACGAAAAAAAGUUAACUGUAUCAGAGAAGUAUUAUGAGUACAUAUCUUAAUUAAUAAAGGAAACAAUGAUCUUUUAUUGAUCUUAAAAAGUGACUUCUUAAUUUUGCUUGGCAAUAAAUUGCUAUAAUUUGCUCGUAAGGAAUCAUGCUCGAUAAAUCUUCCAACUUCAUGUAAAAUGACCCUCUGUGUCUGUUUGGCCGGAUAAGACUGAUACGCGGGGGCUGUAAUUAAACAAAUCGUUCCCGUUUAACGAAGAUCCUCAGCUUUUUCUCGAGAUGAUACAAGUUGACGGUAAUAAGAACAGCAAGAUGGAAGCUGGCCUCGAUUGGCUCUUGGUCCAGGACGGUGGCGGAGUUUCUUCGUGUUUCGAGCCAAUCCAAACGUGUUUCUUCUCUCUAAAAAUACAUUUUGAAUCAGUAGGAGGAGACGGAGAUACACCUCCUUUAACGAAAGGAAAAGAUUCCUCUGUGUAUAUAACUCAUUCAACGGUGAACACCGACUGUUUCGUGCCGUACCCUUACAGGAAACUGGAAAGGAGGGAACGAUUAGAUGAGUGUUCCGCGAGUUAUUCGGUCUAUGUAUCGAAAUGUUUCGUCAACAUUACCAUAAUAGUUAAUUAGUGAAACUGUAAACGAGAUACCGCUGAUCGAAAGAAAGACAAAAUGAAGACCGAAAACGGCAGCUUGAGCCAAGUGAAUUCUGGGAUCGAGCAACGUCUGCGGAGUCCAAAGUGUGCGAGAUGCAGGAACCACGGUGUGAUUUCCGGUUUGAAAGGUCACAAGAGGUCCUGCGCAUGGAAGGACUGCCGUUGUCCUUGUUGUUUGUUAGUGGUUGAAAGACAACGGGUAAUGGCAGCUCAAGUUGCCUUAAGAAGGCAACAACAAGCUCAUGGUAAUUAUUUCGGUGAUAAUGUCUCGACGGUUUGUCACACACCUAUGGAUGCAGCCAAUUCAUCGUAUUUGAUUAAAAACGAUCAACCUGUGAGCAGAAGAACGAAGAACUUCCAGCGUCAUCAGUUACACUUCACUCAAACCAGCAUCAGCGUGACCCAAGGAUUUUAUGGAUUAAAGACCAUACAUGGUUUACCUGCAGCAUUUACCGCAGAUCCUCCGUUACUGAAUGGUUUGUCGCAUAAUCAAGAAUAUAAUCAAGAACCUGAAAGUUCAAAGAAACUACAGUCUUUCCCUUCGAUGUAUUCCACGAUACCGUGGUUCGAACACGUCGCUGAACCUCGAAAAAUGAAAAAAAAUUUCAACCAUUUUGCUCCCACUGUGACGGAUCACGAUGAUAUUUCUGCAUCCAAAAAUGCAUCUUGUAUGGAAAAGAAAUCGACGAUUUCUUUUAGCGUGGAAUCUAUCAUUGGAACGAAGUGAUAUGAAACGAAUGAUUUCUUUUUUUUUUCUUUUUUACGUGAUUGCAUUUCAUUAUUAUUGUAAAUAGGAUUC